UGAUCUCAGCUGAUCAGCUGUUUGAAAAACAUAAAUAAAUUUUAGUUUAAAAACCGGCGUACAAUCUGCACAAUUGUGAGUGAUUUUUGCAGCUUAAGCGCCUGGCGAGCUGACUUCCAAACCGGCGACGACUUCCCGGCUGCUGCAUCUUAUCGCCGGUCAAUAAAUGUGCAUAAAUGCGCCCACGACAGCACAAAUAGCGAGGGGAGUGGUGGUGGUGCAGCAGGGAGCAAGGAGCAAGUGGCAAGGAGCGGCAGCGACAGCCGCAGAAACAGAAACAAUAACAAUCGUAAAGCCGCAGGACUCGACCACAACAAGCCACAAUCGGCAAUCAUCAACACUGGCGCGCCGCAGACCAAGCAGACCGAGCAGAAGGGGUCAGGGGUCAGAGGUCAGAGGUCGGAGUUCGGAGCUUGGAGUUGGGAGUUGGGGGGAGAAGCCGCUCUCUGACGGCGCCAGUUGCAUUUUGACAGCGACAACGAACCAGAAACACCCGCGCACAGGCCAUGACAGCCGCAGGAGGAGGACACUGCUCCCCGGGAUUGGGAAUGGAAAUGGGAAUGGGGCAAAAACUAAAGCUUAGGGCCCAGCCACAGCCACAGCCACAGUGGAUGGCCAAGAAUCUGCACGCCCUGCUGGAUCUGCCCGCGGCGAUGGAACUGCGCCAAAUUGAGUUGAUCUAUCGGGCGGAGGGUAAUGCAAAUUUGGUGCUCGCCCUGCCGCAAUUUAAAAAAGUUUUACGUUUGCCAAAAAUGAUAUCCAGCAGACUGCGCCAGGCGGCGCACCAGCGGCAUGAGCCGGCGGAUGAGGUUGCCCGGCCGGAAGGGCAGCGUGUCGCAACUGAAAGAGCUGGCGACUUGACAAUGCCGGAUUUUAUGGCUUAUAUCGGGAUAAUGCGCCGUCUAUUAGGAAAUGAGUUUGUCUGCGGAGCGGAUAUUGUUGCCAUACCAAAGGAAGACGAUAGAUUCUGGAUAAACGAGCACAUACGCGACCAGAGACCGGUUUCGCGUCUGGAUAAGGAAUUUGUGGGGCCAUUCGGCCUGCUGCUGCCAGAUGUGACCCAAUUGCCUGCCACGUUCGAUGUUUUACUUGCCAAUUUACAGGCAAAGGGCACAACAGGAGGUGAAGCCGGUGGAGCGGCGGCAGGAGUUGGAAGGACGAGAAACAGGAGCGCUGUCCGUCGUCUGGGCGAUACAUAUGCCAUCGAAAUAAAACCCAAACAAGGCUGGCUCCAGUUGGCAAGUGAUGUCAACGAUUUAUUUGAUUUAAUGCCAUCGGGGGCAGUGACAAAGCCAAAGGAGACGCCCCACAAUCAGCCGGAGAAGGAACCCUUGGCCCCGGACAAGUGCUGGUGUCGCUUUUGCAGCAUGCAACUGCUGAAGCUGCACAAUGGGAAAAUCAAACGUUUGGGCCACUACUGUCCGCUGGAACUAUUCUCUGGCACACCCAGUCGUAUGCUCGAUGCCUUGGAUGCACUUCUCGGCUGCCCGCAAAAUAAUUUACGUGUGUUUCAGAACAGCAAUUUAAUUUAUGGCGAUCACGCGAAUUCGAUUUCCUUCGAUGAAUUGAGCUCGCGUGUCUUUCCCGGUGAAAUUAUGGUGCUUAUAAAACAUUUGCUGGUGGCCUGCCUGCUAAGGGAAUACGAGGACCCGGAAUCCAACCGAGCGGAGAGCUCCAAUCAGAGCCAGAAGCAGCAGCAACCGGAGCCGGAGCUGGAGCAGCUGAAUCAGAGUCGCGUUUCGAUUGCGGCAACGGGGACAAAGGAAGGAGCUGCUGGAAUUGGCGCCGCUAAUGUUGUCCUGCCAUUGGGGGGCGGGGCGGACGCCCCUGUCGUCACUGCCGGUCAAUUCUCGACGAGGACAAGAGCAGCUGCUGCAACAGCCACGACCCAAAGGUACACAAAAGUGGCCAGAAUGGAAACAACAAUGACUAGACCGGCAGCCACCUCGGUGGCAGGAGCAGCAACCAGCAGCCAACUGUCCGGCAAUGUGUUGGCAAUGGAAACGGCAAUGGCAACGGCAACAGCAGUGGCAGUGGCAAGUGCAGCUGGAACGGAAACAAAAACGGAACCGGAAACUCGGGCUGAGGCUGCUAGUACGACAAGUCGCAACGUGAAUCAGAAUGAGAGCCAGAGCCAAAAACUCAAUCGGAAUGAGCCUGCGAAUCAAACUCAAGCACAAGACAACAAAGCGGAAAUAUUGCGCUUACCAAAAAAUUGUGUGCUGCAAAAAAUUUUGAAUUUGCAAUUGCUGGUAAAGCGCCACUUCGACUUCAUGUGGCAGUCCGGCUACUCCGACCACUCCCGGCCCACUUACAACUCGCUCCGGGGUCUCUUGGCCGCCGUCGAAGGAGGAGUAGAAGAGGAGGCGGAAUUGGAACCGGAUGAGGAGCAGGCUUAUAUGGUCGGAGCCACGGCGCUGGAUUGCUCGAUUAUGUUGACGUUUCAGGAAAUCGAAAUCGAAUGCGAAACCGAUUGCCGCCCGGCUGACCAGCGCAGCUAUGCGGCACUGCAGCCUUGGUGCGUCUCCCUGCUGGGUCAUCACUUUCUAACCAAGCUCUGCGUCCUGGAUUUGGAUCCCAAGCCCGACAGUCACUUUCAUAAAUUCAUAGCGCAGACACGUGAAAUUGAAAAGUGCCGUCGAGCAUUAAAUUAAUUAAUAAACUUUACACCCAACUAAG